ACAGAGACUUUGGAGACUCUCAUGCAGAGUAACUGAAACUGGCUGAGACAAUCACUCGAACUCUGUACGCUUGACAGAGAACUGUUAGGAUGGGAAAUAGUGCAUUAAAAGCCCACCUGGAGACAGCACAGAAAACUGGAGUGUUUCAGCUAACAGGAAAGGGACUGACAGAGUUUCCUGAAGACCUGCAGAAGCUAACCACCAACUUAAGGACAAUAGACUUGUCGAACAACAAAAUAGAGCUCUUGCCACCACUCAUUGGAAAAUUUUCCUUCCUGAAGAGCCUAACUCUGAACAACAACAAACUGACUGCAUUACCUGAGGAGCUGUGCAAGCUGAAAAAACUGGAAACACUACACUUGAAUGGCAAUCACUUGAGGCAGCUACCAGCUGCAUUUGGACAACUUUCAGCUCUCAAAACUCUGAGCCUAUCUGGAAACCAGCUUCGGACUGUACCCACACAGCUCUCUGGUCUUCGCCACUUGGAUGUGGUAGAUCUCUCCAAAAACCAGAUCCAAAACGUGCCCGACACUGUGGGAGAACUGCAGGCCAUUGAACUCAACCUCAAUCAGAAUCAGAUUUCCCAGAUCUCAGUGCAGAUCUCCCACUGUCCACGCCUCAAAGUCUUGCGUUUAGAAGAAAACUGUCUAGAACUCAGCAUGCUUCCCCAGAGUAUCCUCAGUGAUUCCCAGAUCUCCCUGCUUGCAGUAGAAGGUAACCUGUUUGAAAUCAAGAAACUUAGAGAACUGGAAGGUUACGACAAGUACAUGGAACGAUUCACAGCUACAAAGAAGAAGUUUGCGUGA